UCUACACUGUUUCUCAUUUUGUGUAAAUUUAUAGAUAUAAAUUGAAUCAGUUAUCGAUCGAGUUCGUGUUAGUGAUUUAAGAAAUUUAUAUUUUAAUUACGGUCUCAAGUUUUGUUGACAAUAUGAAAGUCUUCAGAAAUGUAAAUUCAUUUUUUAUGUAUUAUUUAAUAACUUCAAUACAUGUACACGAAGCUGCUUAUUCUACAACAGCUAGCAGUAAUAGAAAUAAGGAUUCGGCCAAUAUAGAUGAUCAGUCAACUGCAUCCUCUUUUUGGAGUUCUGCAAUAAAAACAGAAAAUGUUUUUCCAGAAGAUGAAUCAUCUAGACUUUUCUCCUCUGCUCACGGUAUUAUACGAACGAAUCCUGGUAAAAAUAUAUUUCAAAGCGGUUUUGGUGGUGUUGAUAAUCUGGGUGGUCGAGCUAUAACAGUGCCCCCUCCAAGAACGCGUCCACUAGAUUAUAGUGAACGAGCUACAGCUGAAUUACGUAAAAAUCCAUCUUUGUCAGCACCUGAUGAAUGCGCUCGAGCAUGUCGAGAAGGAGAUUCACCUAGAAUAUGUUAUUAUCAUUUUACUCUUGAAUAUUAUACAGUACUUGGAGCCGCUUGCCAAGUAUGUACACCAAAUGCAACUAAUACUGUAUGGAGUCAUUGUCAAUGCGUAUUAGCUGAUGGCGUCGAACGAGGAAUUUUAACUGCUAAUAGGAUGAUACCUGGUCCAAGCAUUCAAGCUUGCGAAGGCGAUAAAAUUGUCAUAGAUGUUGAAAAUCAUAUGGAAGGUAUGGAAGUAACUAUUCAUUGGCAUGGUAUUUGGCAGAAAGAAUCACAAUAUUAUGAUGGGGUACCUUUUGUAACUCAAUGUCCUAUUCAACAAGGAACUACAUUUAGAUAUCAAUGGAUUGCUGGAAAUGCGGGUACACAUUUUUGGCAUGCACACACAGGUUUGCAAAAAAUGGAUGGCUUAUAUGGUAGUAUCGUCGUACGUCAACCACCUACUAAGGAUCCAAAUAGUAAUCUUUAUGAUUAUGACUUAACUACUCAUGUAAUUCUGAUCAGUGAUUGGAUGCAUGAAGAUGCAGCCGAAAGAUUUCCUGGACGUUUAGCCGUCAAUACAGGACAAGAUCCUGAAACUGUACUAAUUAACGGCAAAGGGCAAUUUAGGGAUCCUAAUACUGGUUUUAUGACUAAUACACCAUUUGAAGUAUUUACAAUUACACCUGGACGACGUUAUCGAUUUCGUAUGAUAAAUUCCUUUGGUUCAGUUUGUCCAGCUCAGAUAACUUUUCAGGAUCAUCAACUUAUAUUAAUUGCAACAGAUGGCGAACCAGUUCAACCUGUAAAUGUCAAUACUAUAAUUUCAUUUUCAGGUGAAAGAUAUGACUUUGUUAUUACUGCCGAUCAACCUAUUGGAGCUUACUGGAUUCAACUGCGUGGGCUUGGAGAAUGUGGUAUAAAACGAUCACAACAACUUGCAAUACUGCGUUAUGCGCGUGGACCUUAUCAACCAUCUACACAAGCACCAACUUACGAUUUUGGUCUUCCACAAGGUGUUGUCCUCAAUCCACUUGAUGCUAUUUGUAAUCAACCUCGCAAUGAUGCUGUUUGUGUUAGUCAACUGAAAAAUGCACGUUCAAUAGAUGAAGGUUUACUUCAAGAACGUCCAGAUGUAAAAAUAUUUCUUCCCUUCCGAUUUUUAUUUUAUCGUCCAGAAGAAGUCUUUCAACCAAAUACAUACAAUCGAUAUCUUGUGGCACCCACUGGAGAUCAUGUAAUAUCACUUGUUGAUGAAAUUUCAUUUACAUUUCCACCAUCACCGCCAUUAUCGCAGAUUGAUGAUAUUCCACCCGAACAAUUUUGUAAUGGUGAUAAUAGGCCUGCUGAUUGUGGCGUCAAUUGUAUGUGUACACAUAAAGUUGAUAUUCCACACAAUGCGAUUGUCGAAGUAGUCCUUGUUGAUGAAGUGCAACAACCAAAUUUAUCUCACCCUUUUCACUUGCAUGGAUAUGCUUUUAAAGUAAUUGGCAUUGGUCGCUCUCCAGAUAAAAAUGUAAAAAAAAUUAAUUUAAAGCAUGCUCUCGACCUUGAUAGACGGGGCUUACUUCACCGAGAGUUUAAUCUUCCACCGUCUAAAGAUACAAUUGCUGUUCCAAAUAAUGGAUACGUCGUUUUUCGUUUCAGAGCAGAUAAUCCGGGUUACUGGCUAUUUCAUUGUCAUUUCUUAUUCCAUAUUGUCAUUGGUAUGAACCUUAUUUUACACGUUGGAACACAUGCUGAUUUGCCACCAAUUCCAUCAAAUUUUCCGACAUGUGGUGAUCAUCUACCACCAAUAACUUCACCAAUGUCAAGCGACACAUUUCAUUGAAUAUACUUAUUUAUUCGUUUAUUUAAAGAAUUACGUUUUCAUUAUAUCAUAUAUAAAGAGACUGCACGAUUCAAAA